AGCGGCAUAUUGCCUCAUUUCGAAUACGUAUCUUACGAUAGAGUUCAAGAUCUUUAUGAACAACGAAAGGGUCAUUUCUACUUCAUUCCUGAUGGAUUUGAACCUGUUCUUGUUCCAAAUGACUCUAAAGCUUCCGCUGUAACCAAUUUAUUGGAAAAUUCUAAACCCGUCUCCUCUGCGCCUAACGUUUCAAGAAUGCUCCCUGAUUCUGAUGUACGUCUUCCUUCAUUUGCACUCCCCUGUGGGGUAGCUGGUUCAAAGACAGAAAGAUCUGCAAAUGGUAAAAAUAGUAAAAUCAAAAAACCCCCAAGACCACCAAACGCCUUUAUUCUUUAUCGUCGAGCAAAACAACCUCAAAUUGUUGCUCAGCAUCAAGGCAUCUCAAACAAUGAUGUUUCUAAAGAAAUUGGUAGAAUGUGGCAUGAAGAACCUUUGGAAGUGCGUCUUAAAUUCCAAAAAAUGGCUGAAGCCGCCAAAGAGGAGCAUAUGAAAAAAUACCCUGAAUAUAGAUAUAGACCCCGACGACCUCAAGAACGAAAACGACGAAUGCCUGCUGCGGCACGAGAUGCUUCAACCAGACGUGUUUCUGCUCCUGGCUUACCACAUAAUUUACUUGUAGACAAUUCCAAAGCUUCAGGAUCUAGGCGCAUUUCCUCAGGACUAAACGAUAGUGACGGAUACCUUUCUGACUCUCAAAUUAUGACAAUGCAAAAUCAGCAAUCGUUCAGAACUAACGGUGAUUUUGAAAAUCAUAUGUUUUACGCAAGUCCAACAAAUACUUCUCAGCAAGAAACAUUCGGUUAUAUCGACAGCUCUAUGCCACAGCAAUUUUCAUAUGUUCAGAAUACAUACGAUAAUUGUUCGACCGACUUCGCAACUUUCGACGUUGACUUUGAUGAUUAUGAUUAUAAUAAUCAAAUGGCUUCACUAGAAUACGAUCAAUAUUCACAAUAC